CCCGCUGUCCCGCCGCGCCGCCCGCCGCGCCACACGCGCUGGCCGCGCUCCGCCACCGUCACCUCGGCGACCGCCGCCGCGGCGGAGGGCGAGCAGACCCCUGCUGCCCCCGCCGCCGCAGCUCCCGCACAAGACAACACCGUCAACGACAUCCACGAGUGGGCGCGCCUGCACUACUCGGUGCAGCCCGCGCCCGCGCAGGCCCCCGCCAAGAGAAGCGGCAGUGGGGACUCGGAUGACGCCGAUCAGCAGCCGCGGGGCCACGACGGGGAGCCGCAGCCCAGCGGGUACGCGGCGCCGCCACCCUCGCAGCCCGCGCCGCCGCCAUACGUGGUCCCCAAGGUGGAGGGGGACCCGCCGAACACACACGCAUAUCAGCUUCUUCGCAAGAUUGUAGACAGUUGCCGCGACUUGUGGAACGACCCUCGCAUGAGUUGGCACCCCGCCCCCUUCCAGGACCAGCAAGUGCAUCACAUGGCCAUGGCACAGCAACAGCAUCAACAGCAUCAACAUCAGCAACAACAACAGCAACAGCACUCGCCGGCGUCUCAGCAUCGCAUGGCGACUGCCGGCGCGAUGGCAUACGGGCAGGCGGCCGCCGCCGCCGCCGCCGCAGCCCCCGCCCCCCCGCCGCAAGGGCAGUACGCGCCCGCGGCCUCGGCCCCCGCGCCGCAUUACGCCCCCGCCCCCGGGCACGAGUACCAGCCCGCGCACGACACGCCCACGCACGCUCAUGCA